AUGGGGGAUACAACGCUCUUCACCUUCAGGAUUGACGUGCCGUCCGGUGUCCGGUCAGUUGAGCUGCUGGGAUCAUGGGACAACUUCACGCAUUCCUACCGCAUGGAACGGGACCAGAGGAGAAGCUCUCGCCAGUGGUGUGGCAUCUUCACCUUCAAAGACGUCGUCUGCGAUGGUGAGAACCAAUGCCGUUCCGAAAAGAGGGAAGGCGGCUUGAAGAUGGGAGGCACCUAUUGGUAUUACUACAUGCUGGACGGUGUAUACGAAUACCACGACGAAUCCAAGCCUUCAACCACAACCUGUUCUCUCUUGCUGGGCGAGUGUGUCAACAUCCUCGAAGUGCCUUAUGAAGAAAAAUCAGAUGACUUCAGCCUCGAGUAUGCACCAGCACCGGUUCUUACUCCAGCAUUUACCAUGGACCCGAAUGCCCGUUUCAGCACACCCCGACCCAACAAAUUCGAAGCUCUGUCCAGGAAACCGACUUCGCCUCCACCGUCGCCGUUCUUUGCCUCUCCCGCCACUCCCUCGUGCGAGGAUUCUUGUCGGUCGUCUCUUGCCCCCAGCUCCGAUCAAAGCUAUCGCAGCUUCGCGUCCGUGGAUACCCCUUACAGUCACCUCGGUUCCUUCGACCCGCCUUCCAGCUCGCACGGCAACGCUCGUCCAAAGUCGGCAGGUAGCGCGAUUAUUGCUCGAACGAACGCACAGAGAAUGCGACACCAGAAGCUUCGCAGCAGUAGGCCGGCCUCUGUCGCGCAGUCUGACCCGGUGACUGGACAGGGCAGGAAACCAGGAUGCUCGCGCAAUGAUUCCGGAGUCGUGGGACCUGGUCUGAGCAGAUGCAGGGACAACGGUGGGCCGAGAAGCGACGUGGCGGCGCAAGUGGGACCUGCGGAACAGCAAAGAGAACAGCAGAGACACACGGAGGCCAGGGCAAUCGACUUCGGAGAGGACGUGCUAUCGGACUCGGGCGCCACAUUGGCGUGCUGGCAACACAGGGAAUGCCUUUUGCGGAUACGAGAUGGGACUGCAAGGACCGAAGCGCAGGCACGAGUCAUGCAUGAUACAUACCAGACGGUGGUUGCCUGGAUCGAGCACACGACGAUCGCACUGCUGGGUGGAGAAUUCCCCUGGGAGGUCGAGAGCGUCUCUACGCUGGAGCUGAGCCCCACAAGGUCUGAGUUUACAGACGUUUGGGAGGGCUGCAGCACGAUGCUUGAAAAGGAAAGCUACUGGGCUUCAUCCGCGUUUUCGGAUGACGAAGAGCCUCGUUCAAGCGAUGAUUCUUCCAGUUUCGCUAAGAUCUGCAGGCUGUCUUGCGUGGCGGAAGAACCGGUUGAAGAGACAUCCUACUUCGAUCUGGGGGAGCCUCUCCAUCGCCGUGUCUCCGAAACGAGGGCAUUUUUCGAGGAUUUCGAACCGAGUCCAGUGCUCACUCUUGAUCCGAGGGUCGAGGAAAUUGCUCAGACACUAGCCACAUCGCACCAAGCGCAAGAGGACUGUGGAGCACUGACAGAAGGGCCGACGGACAGCUCGUUGAUCACGGACCGCCUCAUGGACAGCUUCAAGCUUCCUCCGCUCAAUACUCAGUUCGGUGGGGAUAACAGCUCACUUCUAGAUGAUGUUUCGCAGUCAAUCUACUCGGCUGUGACCAACACUACGGUUGACCUUCCGCAACUGGAAGAUUCGGCAGUGCUCUCGCCCACGUGCAGCAGCCCCUGCACCGCCUCAUCGGCGCAGUCUGAAACGUUCCAAUUUUGGUAUGAGCAGGACGGAGAGGAUGAUGAGAUAGAAGAAUCACAUCUCGACUGUUCAUCGCCGGCAACAAGCCCUGGGUUGCUGCCUACCAUUGCUCAUACUCGGACGAACUCUUGGUUCAGCAACAGCGGCUUCCAGGGUUACAGUCUGCCGGAGGACGAGUACUCGUCGCAGGCGACUCUCACCAAAACCUCGACGCAGGCCACGAUAGUCAGGUCGGAAUCGCCACCGCUCUCGGCUAGGAGGCACAGUACCUUGGCCGUGAACCCGGAGUUUGAGAACAUGAACAAGCUCCUGAACGACUUCAGCUACCUUGGGGAGGCAGUCAUAUGA